AUGGAUGGGGCAUCAUCAAGCAGCUCUCAUCCUAAUAUUUCUGAUGAUCAUCAUUUGGUUGAUGAUUUCUACUUCUCAGCUCUACAUGAUGACCAAGAAGUAUUUCCCAUCUCUGAUGAGAAAUAUGCCCAAGAGUUGCAGCUUCAAGAGGCCCUCAUGUCCUCUGCACUCUCUUUCAGAGUCCCAAUUAGUAAUGAACAAGUUGCAGUGGAAACACCCUUUGAAAUACUAAAGGGACAAUCUUCUAGCUCUGGAAGUUUCUGCAUGAUCUGUAUGGAUGUGAAGCCAAGUGGAGAAAUGUUCACAAACAAUGGCUGCAACCACUCAUUCUGCACCGAUUGCAUUGGAAGGUAUGUUGGGACUAAGAUUCAGGAGAGCAUUUCAAUGGUGAAGUGUCCUGAUGUGAAAUGCAAAGGGGUAUUGGAGCCAGUGUCAUGUAGGUCAUUUAUUCCUCAGCAAGUGUUUGAAAGAUGGGAAAGUGCUCUUUGUGAGUCCUUUGUUUUGGGUUCACAGAAAUUUUACUGCCCUUUUAAGGACUGCUCAGCGAUGCUUGUGGAUGAUGGAGGGGAAGUUGUGACUGCUUCGGAGUGCCCCAACUGCCGGAGACUCUUUUGUGCUCAAUGCAGGGUUGUGUGGCAUGCAGGGAUUGAUUGUAGUGAGUUUCAGAGGUUGAGUAGGGAUGAAAGAGGGAUGGAAGAUAUCAUGGUGAUGGAACUUGCUAAGAAACAGCAAUGGAGGAGAUGCCCAAGGUGCAAGUUCUAUGUGGAGAAGACUGCUGGCUGCUCACACAUUACUUGCAGGUGUGGAUUCGAAUUUUUCUAUGGCUGUGGAUCCAAUUGGAGUAAUUGCCAUGGAUGUAGAGCGAACUGAGAACUUGAAAGGUCAAUGAUGUACUUGGUUUGAUGACGCAGUGGAAACCAUUCCAGUAUUGAGAAUUUUAAGGAGUAACUAUCUUCUUUGUCUUGACCCGUUUCAUGAUUUAAUUAUUUUAAUUGUUGUUUUUCCUAUUAAAUGACCAAGAUUACAUAACAAUCAAGGUCGGGAUAAGUUAUAAGCCAAGAGGGUGCCUCAGCUUCCCAUGAACAACAUCAAUUACAACUCAAAAGCAAAUCUACUC